AUGCAGUUGCUCUAUGGGUAUGUACGCGUACAAACCUCACCGGAUUAUCGGUUUCUGAGGUUGUCAUCCGGAUUGUACACGGUCGAUAUGAAGACUGUCUUAUUACCAUUCGAAAUAUUCAUUUCGGAACAGAGAAUGAUUGUGCAUUGCAUAAAUGAACGAGCAAUUGUACAUUCGUGCUUCUGCAAAUCGCUCACGAAUUAUUUCGCAAACAAAUUCAACAAACAUGAAUUCGACGGCUUCGCAUCAUUCUGUGGAUAUUAUUGGUGGAAAAACGAGCUUGCAUACCUCGGCAAUGUUUCGAUAGAUAUUUUUGCAAAUGCUUAUUUGGAACCAGUGCCAACAAUGCUGACUUUAUUCCAAACUCCUUUUGAUAAUUUUGGGGGUAUUGAUCCAGUACUCGGUAACCUUAGCUAUAGUUCGCACAUGAAUAGACAAGGUUUGGCCACGGAUGAUUUGGUUCAGCUUUCGGUCCCAGCACCUUCAACAGCAUUCUUUCACUCAACCUCAACCAGAGCAAGCAGUAGCAGUACUUACGCUGCAGCAUCUUCUAGCAGUUCAGACGGUGGCGAUGGUGCGGAACCAGUGCCGACUCGAUCGACUGCAACAUAUUCCUGGAUAAAAUUAAUAAAUUCAAGUACAAGUGUGUCGCCUCUUUCAACCAGUUAUCCGCCAACAGUUUCUCCAACGACCACAGCUACAGUAUCUUCAUUUGUAAAUAACUUGCAAAUGGGAGGAUUUUCCGGUUCCGCAGUAACACCUUUUACUACUGUGGAGCAGAGCAGGACCUUUCAAUCUAGCAUGUCCGUUGCUACAAGCACUAUUUUACGUACUACUGCUGGAGCAGCUACGUCCACAAGUAUACCAACGAUAAUACAGUCUCCUACCAUGGUACUAACAAGUGGACCCUUGCAUCUAACUGCGUUAGUUGCCUCAGCUACUCCAUUAACAACAACUACUAAUCUCCCGUUCACUGAAUCCACUAUCAGCCUGACAUCCGCCGCCGUGAUUACCGAUGCGCCUCUCUUCACAAUACCAUAG